AUGAGCGUGUCUGCUGGCGGCUACUCGAGGAGGAGCUCCAGAGCCGGGAGUACUAGCGCGGCACGUCCUAAUGGCACAGAAAGCGUUGGGGGUGGUGCGCAGGUCCGGCGAAGGAGGGGCACGGACAACCCGCACUCUCGCUUGUUUGUGAAGAAGGUCAAGGCCAUGGAGUCCAGCGGGGACUGGAAAGCCGUCCUCCGCGAGCUAGACGCCGCGGAAGGGCGCGCCGCCGCCACCGCGGCCGCCGCCGCCUCCACAUCAGCGGCCGUCGCCCCCCGAGCCGAGCCGAUGACGGUGUACAUGUACACCGCGUGCAUCACCACCAUGUCCAAGUGCAAGCGGUGGAGGGAGGCCCUUGAGGUUCUUGACAGGAUGAUGGCGGCGGCGCAGGAGGAAGGGGGCGGUGGGGAGCUCACCCCGAACGUGAACACGAUGAGCGCGGUGAUAACGGCCUGCGGGAGGUGCGGCCAAGGCAAGGCGGCGCUAGAGGUGCUCGAGAGGAUGAAGACCAUCGGCGAUGAAGCCGGGGGGUUGAAGCCCGACCUGCACUGCCUCAGCGCGGCAAUCGACGCCGCGGGGGGUGCGGGGGAGUGGGAGGCCGCCCUCCGUGUCUUGGACGACCUUCGCGCUGCUGGAAUAAAGCCGGAUAGCUUCGUGUACAGGGCUGCCAUAACGGCGUGCGGAAACGGGGACAAGCUCGAGAUGGCGCUGCAGCUGCUGCGCGACAUGCGUGAGGACCCUGAUGUUCCAGUCGACGUUGCCAGCUUCAACGCUGCCAUCACCGCAUGCGGAAGAUGCAAGCAGUGGCAGAGGGCGAUAUCCUUGCUGAGAGAGAUAACCACUGAGGGCCUGGCCCCGGGACUCGUGAGCUACGGCGCCGCCAUAACCGCCUGCGCCACUUGCAACCAGGGCGACGCCGCGGUGGAGCUGCUGCGCGAGCUGCCCAUCGUGGGCAUCACCCCGGACUCGAUGGUCUACACCUCCGUCAUCUCGGCCUGCGGGCGGGCCGGCCAAUGGGAGCGGGCCGUCGACCUCUUUCGAGAGAUCAGCAUGCUCCGGGUCGGGUUUCGGCCCGACGCGGUGUCGUACUCGGCCGUGAUCACCGCUCUCGGGGAGGGUGGGCAGUGGGAGGAGGCGUUGAGGUUCUUGCGCGAGAUGCCCCAGGCCGGGGUCAAGCCGGACGUGGUCUGCUUCAACUCGGCGGUCACGGCGUGCGCGAAGAGCGGCCGGUGGGAGGAGGCCGGGGGCUUGCUGAGGGAGAUGCUGCAGGCGACGUCGUCGCCGACGUCUUCUCCGUGGUGGUCCUCUUCGGGGGCACGGCGGACAGGAGAGGCGGGAGGGGGUGCAGCGGCUGCUGCCGCCGCCGGAACAGCGCGACGAAGAAACGUCGAAGGUCCCGCGAUAUCAGCAAGGUCAGGUAGGGUACCGGCAGCCGCAGCACCGGUAUCAGGCCGAAGGAGAGGCGGUGGCGGUGGCGGAAACAGCGGCGGCGGCGGCGGCGGCGGCAGCAGCAGCAGAGAGGCGGAAACGGGCCGCUUUUUCUACUGCAGACCCAACGUCGCGACGUUCAACGCGGCCAUGCAGGCCGCGGGGAGCGCGGGGGAGUGGCGGGAGGCCCUGACGCUCCUGCGAGGCAUGCUCGCAGAAAAAAUCGCCCCGAACGCGACGUCGUACACCUCCGCCAUCGCCGCCUGCGGCUUCGCGGGCGAGUGGGAACAGGCCUUGAACCUCCUGAGAGCCCUGAAGAAGGGAGAGGGAAAGCUGGGCGUGGGGGCAUACAACGCGGCCAUCAAGGCCUGCGGAGAAGCCGGCCGCUUCGAGGAAGCCGUUGGGAUUCUGAGAGAGAUGGAGGCCGACGUGGGCCUGGAGAUCCCGUCGUCGUCGACAACGAGAACAACCUCGCGUCCGGACGUAACCACCUACACGGCAGCCAUCGCGGCGUGCGGGCGUGCGGGGGAAUACCGGCGGGCGGUGCUGCUCCUCCGCGAGAUGCCCACGGUCGGCAUCACGCCCAGCGGGAUCAGCUACAACGCGGCCAUGACCGCCUGUGGCCGCAGCGGGCAGUGGGAGCUUUCCCUGUCGCUCCUGAGGGAAAUGGCCAAGCUGGGCGUGUCGCCAGACGUGGUCAGCUUCAACUCGGUUAUGUCGGCGCUGGGCGAUGCGGGGGAAUGGGAACGAGCGGUUGGCCUGCUUGGGGAAAUCAGCGGCAGCGGUGGUGGGGACGCUGUACGUCCGGACUACGUGAGCUUCGCGACUGCCAUCCGAGCGUGCGAGAUGGCUGGACGGUUGGACGAUGCCGCCGGUUUGCGGGCGGAGGCGGCGAGUCUGGGGCUGCUGCCCGCGGGGGAGAGCGGCGAUGCAGCGGGCCUGUCUUCUGGGCUGACGGUCGAUGCCAACGAAGGCGAGGUGGUUACGACGAGGUUCCCUGUAACGCCGGCCGAGAUCGCCUCCGGUUCAUUUGCAAAGCCUUCCCGAGGAAAAUUACGUCGCCCCGCUGGUGUAGAAGCAGCAGCGGGAGAAAGUACCACCCCAGUAUAGUCGGGAGAGUGCGAAACGGUGCAUGCAGGCGUUUGGGAUGGGAUGGGAUGGGGGGUUGGGUUGUACUCAAAAUGUAAACCCAUGCCGGAGUCGUAAUAGAGACCAUUGAUCUCGCACCCCUAGAGUACCAGGACGGAGUGGAGCGAUAAGCUCGGGGGGGGGGCUUG